AUGAAAUUAUGCACUGAUCACUCUCUAGCGUCCUCUAGGAGAGUGGGUCUUGCUAUGUCAAGACUCGAGAUUACUACGACGACUAAUUGGAUGCAGUGGCCUGACUGGCAAAUGCAAGUUGACGGAAUUGUUUUCUGGAUUGAGGAAGGAAGGGUUUUAGCCAGGUCGAUUUGCGAUAGUAUGGAGACCAUGAUGACCGAUUUUCUCAUCCCGAUUUGCCUUAACUGA